AUGAGCAACGGCGGCGGUCAAGGUGGCGGUUACUACAAGUACCGGUGCAAGCACUUUUACACUUACAACUGCAUGAAUUGGGUCUGGGUCAACUAUGCUGCUUGUGCUACCUGCUUGGCAAUGGGACGGGGAGAAGAAUCGGAAGUGGUGCCAUCGGCAACACGCUUCGAGAUUCGCGUACCUCGGGCGCUAGAUGGCAUGUUGUCCUACGAAUCAACCUGGGUUGCCCCUCCCGUCUUUACUGGAUUGACCUCAACAUUCAAUACCGGCAAUCCAUCUUUGGGCGCUCGCAACAGCUCGACCACCAACCUUAGUGAUUUCACUCCGGCAUUUAGAGGGUCUCCUCCCGAGGUCUUCCCCACAACAAUGACAACAAGCGACACACCUCGGCCUGUCAUGAGCACUACAGGCCUUCACCGAAUGGGUUAG